AUGCACCCGGAAGCUAUUGUUGCUCCUAAUGCCGACGAACUUUGUCGAUCGGACGAUCCACUUCAUCCUGCCAACUUGAUUCCCGAACUGUGCCGAUUGUUCUAUCAGCAUGGUUGGGUCACUGGUACGGGAGGUGGUAUCAGUAUCCGCAAAGAUGACCUCGUGUAUAUCGCACCUUCCGGUGUGCAAAAGGAACGUAUGGAACCUCACCAUAUGUUCGUGCUCGCACUCGCCAACCGCACUGUCUUGCGACGCCCUCCCGUGUUGAAGCCUUCUGCCUGCACUCCGCUUUUCUACAAUGCCUACACCAUGCGUAACGCUGGCGCUUGCAUUCAUACGCACUCGCAAAACGCUGUCAUGGCGACCCUCUUAUAUCCUGGAGCUACCUUUGAGAUUUCGCAUCAGGAAAUGAUCAAGGGCAUCCGUCGCGGCUCUUCAAAAACGAAUCUGAGAUAUUUUGACAAGCUCGUCGUCCCAAUUGUCGAAAAUACACCCGAAGAAGAGGAUUUGACAGACCGCAUGGCCAAAGCCAUCGAAGAAUACCCCGAAACCAAUGCAGUUCUUGUGCGCCGUCAUGGUGUCUAUGUUUGGGGAGAAAAUUGGGAAAAGGCAAAGACAAUGAGCGAAUGUUACGAUUAUCUGUUCGAAAUCGCAGUCAAGAUGAAAUCGAUCGGUAUUGAUCCUGCUGUUAAACCCGCCAGCGAGCCUGAUUAUGAGUAA